UGGUCCACUCUGCUGUGGCUUUACUUGUGACUGAUCAGCAUUUCCUUUCUUCCCAGGGAUUUCAAGGUCAACCUGGUUUCCCAGGACCACCUGGGCCGCCAGGCUUCCCAGGGAAAGCAGGACCACCUGGACCUCCAGGGCCUCCAGCAGAGAAGGGUAGCGAUGGGAUGCGUGGCUCUCCUGGCAUGGCGGGCCCACCAGGGCCUCCAGGACCCCCUGGAAUACAAGGUCCACCUGGUUUGGAAGGACUAGAUGGGAAGGACGGAAAGCCAGGGCUACGGGGCGAUCCAGGACCUGCAGGACCUCCAGGAAGGAUGGGACCUCCAGGCUUCAAAGGGAAAACAGGUCACCCCGGUCUUCCAGGACAAAAGGGUGACUGUGGCGCUGCAGGGCCACCUGGGAAUCCUGGCCGGACUGGAGCUGAGGGAGAGCCAGGCCCUAUGGGACCUCAAGGCAGACCAGGUCCUCCCGGCCACCUUGGUCCCCCUGGAAGCCCUGGCCAGCCAGGCCCAGCAGGACUUUCUGGAGUUGGGCUGAAGGGUGAGAGGGGAUCGCCUGGGGAAAGAGGUCUCAGUGGGAUUCCAGGCCAGCCAGGCCCACCGGGUCACCCAGGCCCACCGGGCGAGUCAGGCUCCGACGGACAAGUGGGCAAAGAGGGUGCAGCAGGAAAACCAGGCCCUCCUGGACCCUCUGGACCAAAGGGUGAACCGGGGUCUGUAGGAGAGAGAGGACACCCUGGUGAGAAAGGCAGAGCUGGGAUGCCAGGAGGGCCAGGAAAGAGUGGCGAGAUGGGUCCUAUUGGGCCACGCGGCCCCUCUGGGGAGAGAGGGCAGCCUGGUCCUCCCGGUCCCUCAGGAAGUCCAGGGAACCCAGGCUUGCCUGGGACCAUGGCGGAUGCCAUCAAUUAUGAUGAAAUCCGGAGAUUCAUCAGACAAGAACUGAACAAAAUGUUUGAUGAGCGGAUGGCGUAUUAUACCUCCCGGAUGCAGUUCCCAGUGGAAGUGGCUGCUCAGCCAGGAAGACCAGGGCCCCCUGGUAAAGAUGGUAUACCUGGACGGCAAGGGGCUCCAGGUCCCCCAGGAAUGCCAGGACAGAUUGGGAGAGAGGGUCGACAAGGUGUGCCUGGAAUGAGAGGUGAGCCAGGAGCCAAAGGUGAAAAGGGAGACAAAGGGAUUGGAAUCAUGGGAGAGACUGGCCCUCCAGGUCCUCCAGGGAUACAAGGACCACCAGGGUAUGGCAAGAUUGGUCUUCCAGGACCUAUGGGACAGCAGGGUAUCCCAGGCAUCCCAGGACCCCCAGGGAUUACAGGGCCGCCUGGAAAAACAGGUCACUGCAACCCUUCAGAUUGCUUCGGCAUGAUGCCUCUGGAACAGCCAAUGUAUCAGCCCAAAAACAUGAAGGGGCCUUUAGGCUGAAGCACUGACAGGUUUUCUUCCACAAAGGACUCCAUUGGGAUUCGCCAAAGUUCUGGUCCUUGUGACUAGUCGUGAAUGAUUAUUUUUUCAUUGUUGUUAAUAUUUUGACUAUAUUUUUUUCCCGCCAGUGGGGUUCAACCGUUCAUAAUGAUAUUUUGUUUUGGUUUUGUUUCAAAGACAACGAUCCAAGCAUGUGUGGCUGUGUGUAUGUUUGCCUCAGUAUUCUAAAGGGAAGUUGAUUUUGUCAUCUGUGUUCAGCAAAAUACAUUUCGAAAUAAUGCUUCAGUCUUUCAAUUGCUGUGGGCAAAUAAUGGGUAAAUUACUUCCACACCUCUUCUGUUCGUUAGGAAUGAAAUAUUAGCCUUUCAACAAUAUGUGCAGGUGCAUAUUCCAGCAGGAAAUUCCAGUAGCUGUGCAAAAAAUGUGGAAGUGCUCCUAUUGUUAAGUUCAACAGAACUUGUGUGAAUUGGCAUCUUUGUCAUAAGUUUAGGUUAAAACUUGAAAGAAUGUGGAGGGGUGGAUAUGGAGGGUGGAGUUCUAAAAUGGAAUUAACAUUGAAAUUCUGUGUGUGCCUACUCUGUAUUAAGCCCCAUAAAUUGACUGAGACUUGCUCCCAGAUGAACAUUGGAGCUGAACAAUACUGAACCUUAGUUAUUCUGUCUGCAGCAAAAAAUGGCAGGCACUCCUGCAUCUAAAAAUAACUGAAAAAUCAGUUCUAUGUGACACACACACACACCAUUUUGUGUAUUAUGAUGUAAUUACAUUUUUGUCCAAAUGAGCAAAAUUCUGGUUUCUUCCAUUUCUAUUGUACGUAAUGUGAAACUUGGCCAGGGGUAAGGGAGAGGGAUUAUACCUUUUUAAUAUACUGGAAUCAGUGACUUUUCUUUAAUGUUACUGGAACAUCAGUUGUUUACUUUUCAUAAAAUAUAUUUUUCACUCAAAAAAAAAAAAAAGACCAAACAAUGCUUAUCCAAAGUUAAAGAUUUUACUGACUGCUGGAAUCUCUGGGCAUUACAAUUGGGAGAUUUUAGAGUCAGAUGAGAAACUACGGUCAAACAUCACUUUUGCUCCCCCUUAAAAUAAACACACCACACCCCUUCAUGGGAACCAGCUCUUUCAUGCAAUGGCAUACUGGGGAAAUGUGGAUUUAAAAAAAAAUUGCUCAAAAAUCCCCCCCUCCCAAAAAUCCUCUUGUUCUUAUAUGCCUUCAGACCUCAAUUUACUUUAUUUUGGAAAUAAGAAUUGGCUACCAAGCAAGCUGUUUGUGUUGCUAUGUAGCUUCUGUCAGCUAUUCCUAGACUUAAAACUAACUAGGUUAUUGGAAUUGUGAGCAUCUCAUUGCAAUAGAGGUUUACAUGAAAUGUGCCCCUUAACGGUCUUGGUAGAGAAGAGUAAGUAGUGGAAUCUUUUCUCAGCUGAAGAACCUUUCCUAAUGGUUAGCCAUUCUAUUUAAAUAAAUGAUGCCUUGUUUCCUAA